GUCACCAUACAUAUGCAAGUUCGCAGCUUACAUAUGUGUUAAAAUUAACAAACGGAGCCAAACACUAUUGCCUUCCAUUAUCAGUAGAAAGUAACUAAACAAAAUUUGUUUACUAUACUACUUUAGGUUAAAAAUGCUUAUGCACCACCUAGGACCUGACUGCGAACCUUGUUGGUCGCAACAAGUAUCGAGAUAGAUUGAACUGCUAUUGAAUGCCUGACUGUAUCGGCCCGAAGCUUUCGGAUUAUCCACUCUGGCUAAAUGAUGGUAAUGUAGGUAAAGCCAGUUGUCUGAACCGCCUAAAUAUUAUGUGUUUGAUCGAUCGAUAGUCUCGGAUUGACUUCGACUUGCUCGCCGACAUAAUCAAACAUCAGCUGCGUAACCAGACCACCUUGUCCAUUCGUCCAGUGUAUGCGUUGCCCUGUGCAACCAGUGGGUCGUAUGGAAUAAACGUUUGCAUUGCAACCCGGACGGCGAGAAGCUUCUGAUGUUAUUCCGAAAUUGCGAGGGAGGGAAUAUGUAUAUAUAGGGUGCAAUAUAACCCAAUGAUGGUUACGUGUGCGGUAGUCGUUAACAUGAAAGACGCUAGUCGCAGGGGAUGACCAUAGGUAUGACACCAGAUUAAUAGCAGGUAAGAGCCAGUAAGCUGUUGGUCUAUUUCUUAACGUUGCUUUAAUACCCUUCCCUCCAUUAAGGAGAAUGAAUAUGGAAGUUUAGAGAUCGCCACAACAGGUCCUGAAGCAGCCCACUAUGAAAGGUUUGACAUAGAAAGAUUAGAAAAUGCGUGCAUAGAUUCUAUAAUCAGAAGAGUUAACAAACCAUAUGACUAUAGGUCCUCUGUGACAUUCUUAUAUCAGGUUCGUUCGGAGUGUUCUAACCUUCCGGCUCGAUAAUCGAUGCUCCUUCGACCAAAAUCUUCGCUCUUGAUAUCUCGAGGUUAGGGUCGAGUUCCCUCCCAAGGAAAAGAUACAUUGGGGUUUGGACAUAAGAGGAGGUGCUGAACGUACUUCGCUACGAAAUUGUAAUUAGGACGUGAGGGAAUCAUUCUCCUUAACACCAUGAUUCCUUAUAGUCCAUGCUGUAGCCAGAUGGAAACCUUCGAAAGAGUUACCUUCCUGAGUGCGACAACUACGACAAUGCUGGCUUUCGAAAAUUCUUUAGCAGUUGGAGCAGCGAUGGUAUAAAUACGUAUGUCGAAUUGGGCCCCCGAAAAUCACAUUGCUUACGGAAUUAUGAAAAAUACUGCUUUUUCGACACCAUUUAAUUAAUUGUUUUAAUUAGAGUCAGCUAUUCGACAGGUGAGAAAGUUCUCUUUCACGUCCAGCGUGACAGGAAUUACAGUCAUUAACGCAAGACAAUAUCGCGAGCCGAAAGCCAAGCUCCAUUCAUUAGCGAUGCGUCGCUGAAUCGGAUACGGCAAAUCUGGAUACAUUUGGUUCGUGUGACACAUCAUAUGGAACAAGUUAGUUAUUUAAUGAUUAAUUCAUACUCCACACUGAAUAGUAACCCAAUGGAUUGCCGACGGCAGUCAUAGCGCGCCUUAGCAGUUUCCUUCGGAUCUGCUUAUGUGAUGCCCGUCAUCAAGGACUAGACCUUCAUGAAGUCACAAACAAAGCAAGAAGUUCUAAACAACUACUGUAGCUGUUAACAAUAUGCAGAAUCUCCAACUCUCUGACGAAGUGUGUUUACGCUCGCGUUCGAACUCAGGCCAACGUUCAGCACGCAGAUGUAUAACCCUCUACUCCACUAUGGGAACUCAACAAGCUUGUACAAAACGUACGGUCUAGGCUCUUUUAGGUAGAGCGUACAUUUUGUACGAGCUGCAUAUUUACGAGCAGAAAAGUAUUCUACGCGACGUAAGCUAAUGCUUUUUCUGUUUUCUAAUAAAAUAUACAUUACACUUUAAUAUGCGUUGCUGAAAGAGGUGCGGGCGCUACUAAUUCUCAAGUGCUUAAUCCUGCUGAGUCAGGACAUAAUUUAAUCAAAAAAUAUAAAUAGAAAUGAUUGACGAAACAAACGUUAACAUUAUUUUGGCUCCUAUAUAGAAUCAGCUUCCCGUGUAAGAUCCACCCUAUAUACGUGUUGAUUUUACGACUGUGUCCCGUGAUAUGAAUCAGCCGGUUUGUGUAGGCAACGGGUGUGCGGUGACGGCUUUUGGAACUGCCGCGAACAAUCGAUGCUUGAUCAGCUGUCCGUUUGCCUGCUCUCUGUACGGCUGGUUGGUAUAGGUGUCUUUGGGCAUCUGCAUCAGUACGGUUAAAGGCGUUGUCAUUGAUACUGACACACACUAAUAGCCUGUUCUGUCAGCCUACCUGUCCUGAUGGUAGCGUUGUGUCAAACCAAGUGGCUAAGCGACUGCUGCACCGUCUAAAUCGAACUGCGAUAGGCAGCAUGUGAUAUGUUGCAGAAGUUGCUUUAAGGGCUAAGUAGUACGAUUCGUAAUAGUUUCAGUACGAAGUUACUUUGACGCUAAUCUAGCUGAUCAUAGUUGUUGCCAACGAUAUAAUAGUUUUUUUGCAGCUACGCAACGAAGAUGGGAACGUACUUCGGUGCAAAACGACAAAGUGCUGUGCUCCCACCGUUUUCAGUGUGAGAUGUUAGUGUAUUUGUAGUUAUGUGAACUUGAAGGAGCAUAAUGACUUGUUGCUGGGAUAUAGAAGAUAACCACUUAGUGAAAGUCACCUUAAAUAGAGCUUUCCCUUCGACAACAUGUACAUUUCCUUCAUUUCUCGCCGGCUAUAGCUAGCAUUUGCGGUUACCCUUCAGCGUGCUUUGACAGGACAAGUGAACGGCUCUGCUGACGCGUUCCACCACGAGCCGCAAGUAUGUCUUCUGUAAAGGUGGCUGUUCGUGUCCGGCCGUUCAACAAACGGGAAAUCUCCCGUGAUUGUCGGUUGAUCAUUCAGAUGAAAGAUAAUACAACAGUGAUCGAGAAUCCUAAGGAUAACACAUUUAAAAGCUUCAACUAUGAUUAUUCGUAUUGGUCAUCAAACACGGAAGAUGCUCAUUUUGCCGGUCAAGAUCAAGUGUACGCAGAUAUUGGAGAAGAAAUGUUACAACACGCGUUCAAUGGGUAUAAUGUAUGUAUUUUCGCGUACGGCCAGACGGGAGCUGGGAAAAGUUACACAAUGAUGGGUCGCAGUGAGGCUGGACAAGAGGGCAUUAUUCCGCAUAUCUGUAAAGACCUGUUUAAUAAAGUCCGGAACGAUACAUCUGAUAUACUUUACUCAGUUGAGGUGUCUUACAUGGAAAUCUACUGCGAAAGGGUGCGCGACCUUCUUAACCCACAAAAUAAGAAUAAUCUACGGGUGCGAGAGCAUCCUUUAGCCGGACCCUACGUCGAGGAUCUUAGCAAACUGAUAGUAAAAGACUACGAAGACAUAAACAAUCUUAUGGAUGAAGGUAACAAAGCGCGAACGGUAGCAGCCACUAACAUGAACGAAACAUCAUCUCGUUCACAUGCUGUCUUUACAAUCAUGUUCACCCAACGGAAAAAAGAUGAACAGACCGGAUUAGUCAGUGAAAAGGUGAGCAAAAUUUCACUGGUUGACUUAGCCGGCAGUGAACGGGCAGAUUCAACCGGAGCGCAGGGCACCCGACUUAAAGAGGGAGCCAAUAUCAACAAAUCGCUAACGACAUUAGGAAAAGUCAUUUCUGCAUUAGCCGAGCUGGCCGCCAAUCGCGGCGUGGCCGGUAAGAACCGGAAGAAAACAGAUCAUAUUCCGUAUCGAGACUCGGUACUGACUUGGCUACUUAAGGAAAAUCUUGGAGGAAAUUCAAAAACGGCCAUGAUUGCGGCCGUAUCCCCUGCUGACAUAAACUAUGACGAAACGCUCUCGACACUCCGGUACGCAGAUCGUGCUAAGCAGAUUGUUUGCAAAGCUGUGGUGAACGAGGACGCCAACGCCAAGAUGAUCCGAGAGCUUAAAGAGGAGAUCGCCAAACUCAAAGGCUUGCUGGUGGCUGAAGGCAUUCACAUUGAUGAUAUGAAUAAUGUAGUAGCGCAAGGCAGCCCCAAGCAGCGGCGCCGUCUUAUGUCCGGAGCUACCGAGGACAAGAUCGAACAGCUGCAGGAGAAUGAGAAAUUGAUCGCUGAACUCAACGAAACGUGGGAGGAGAAACUACGAAAAACCGAAGAUAUCAAAAGGCAGCGCGAAGCUGUUCUAGCUGAGAUGGGUGUAGCACUGAAGGAUGACGGCGAUACGCUUGGUGUAUUCUCACCGAAAAAGACCCCCCAUCUAGUGAACCUCAACGAGGAUCCGCUAAUGUCCGAGUGCCUCCUCUACUAUAUUAAAGAUGGAUUGACCCGGGUAGGCCGACCGGAUGCCAAUGUAUCGCAAGAUAUCAAGCUAACCGGAACCGAGAUACAGAACGAACAUUGUACAUUCGAAAAUCACGAAGGCGUUGUAACGCUCGUACCUUGCGCUGGCGCUACAGCGUUUGUGAACGGCAAAGAGUUGUUGCCAGGCGACCAAGCUGAGCUGCGUAGCGGUAUGCGUGUAAUUCUUGGCAAAUAUCACGUGUUCCGAUUCCAACACCCAGAACAGGCUCGGGAAUGUCGCGGUCGUUCGCCUACCGACGAACAAACUGGAGAACCGGCAGCAGUUGACUGGACGUUCGCUCAACGAGAGCUUUUGGAAAAACAAGGCAUUGAUCUUAAGCUCGAGAUGGAGAAGAAACUUGUUGCUAUUGAAGAGCAAUAUAAGCGUGAAAAAGAAGAAGCCGAUCAACAUUUCGCCGAAGAACGAAAGAAUUACGAAGCGAAAAUCGAAAGCCUUCAACGUCAGGUUGAAGAGGUAUCUAUGAUGUCAUCAAUGGCCUCAUCGUAUGCGCUGUCGUCGUUCCUUGAAGGCCCAGAAGAGCCAACGCCUGUCGAAGAGUGCUUUGAACCCUUAGAUGAAUCACAGUUACGAAUCGCACGGUGGGCAUUUGACAAAUGGAAAAUCCAUCAGUUUACGUCGCUCCGAGACGACUUGUGGGGCAACGCGAUCUUUCUGAAAGAGGCAAAUGCCAUUAGUGUCGAGCUUAAGAAACGAGUACAAUUUCAGUUUGUUCUUCUUACUGAUACGCCGUAUUCUCCAUUACCGCCUGAUAUGUGUCCGGCAGAUGGACGCAAAACAAUUGUGGCCGUUGAGGUACAGGACAUGAAGAACGGGGCAACGCACCACUGGACUCUCGAAAAGCUUAGACAGCGGCUAGAACUUAUGCGCGAAAUGUAUCAGAGUGAGAACGAAAGCUCACCGACCGAAUGCGAGCCACAGGGCGAUCCCUUCUACGAUCGUUUCCCUUGGUUCCGUAUGAUUGGCCGGGCCUUCGUCUACCUUACGAACUUGAUGUAUCCGAACGUAGCAUUAGUGCAAACCGCAGCCGUGGUUAAUGAAAGAGGUGACGUUGUAGGCUAUCUCCGCAUCGCUGUACAGGCUGGAACUGCGGGCGAUGAACAGCCUGCCGGCGUACGACAAUUUGCACGAAUCCGUUUCGGAGACGAAGCGAGCAGUGGUGGAGUGCAUCAGGGCGUCGAGUCAGAUGACGCACGAAUUUCUGGCGAUGAGCGGGAGCGCGUUGUUGAGGGACGUGGCGAGGAAGACAUCGAUAAGGACGCCGAUAAGGAUACCAGCGAGGCAAGAGGCGAAAUCGAGGAGGAUGCCGGGAGUCAGCUUCCACAGCAUCUCAAGCUCGGCUCCGAGUUUACUUUUCGCGUCACUGUUCUCCAGGCAGUCGGUAUAUCACGCGAAUACGCGGAUAUUUUCUGCCAAUUCAACUUCCUGCAUCGACACGAUGAGGCGUUUUCGACAGAGCCUCUCAAAAAUACAGCUAAGGGUCCACCACCUGGUUUCUUUCACGUACAAAAUAUCACAGUGACGGUAACUCGAGCGUUUGUGGCAUACAUCUCCAGUCGGCCAAUUGUGUUUGAGGUCCUAGGUCACUACCAGGCACACCCGCUGCAUCGCGACGCGUGCUCAGAGGGUACAGCCCCAGCAAAUCCUCCAGGAUGUCCAGCCACUCCCCAACGUCAACCACCGCGGCGAAUGUUUCCCCGCACUCUGCCCAUAUCACAGCCCGUGCGCUCGCCUAAGUUCGGUGUCGUUCCGCAGGCAAGCAGCACGACGACUCACAUCGUGGCUAAACACGACGUACUCGUGUGGUUUGAGAUAUGUGAGCUGACACACAAUGGCGAGUAUUUGCCUGCACAAGUUAUUCAUCACGAUGAAAGUCCCUGUCUUCGAGGCAGCUUUCAACUCCAUCAGGGCAUUCAGCGGAGAAUUCGGAUUACUCUCGUACAUGAGAAGACAGAUAACCUGCCCUGGAAGGAUAUAAAAGAGGUUGUCGUAGGUCGCCUUCGUUCAACGCCAGAGUGUGAUAACUUCGACGAUGACAACGAUGAAUGUGUACUCAGUUUAGGUCUAUUCCCGCCACGUCAGCUCGAGAUGCCGGCAGGCGAUGAGCGAUGCUUCCUGCACUUUGAGGCGGCUUGGGACUCAUCAUUGCACAAUUCUCCGCUACUGAAUCGGGUGACGACGUCAGGCGAACACGUUUACCUCACUCUGUCCGCCUAUCUGGAAUUAGACAACUGCGCUCAGCCGGCAAUCAUCACGAAGGAUCUGUGCCUCGUGAUUGGUGGUCGCGAUGCGCGUUUCCACUCACGGUUGUCGCCAAACGCACGAGCCCUGAAAACGCUGUUCGGUGGUAGCGGUGCUAGCGGUGGCCGGAGCGGCUCGGACGCCGACCACGUGACGGGCCUCUACGAGGUUGUGUUAAAGCGAGCCUCGGACGCCGGAAGCCCGGGCGUGCAGAGGCGCCAGCGCCGCGUGCUCGACACUUCGUCAACUUACGUACGCGGCGAGGAGAACCUCGCGGGAUGGCGCCCGCGUGGCGACUCACUCAUUUUCGACCAUCAGUGGGAGCUAGAGAAGCUGACCCGGCUUGAGGAAGUCGAGAAGGUUCGACAUUAUUUGCUGUUGAGAGAGAAGCUAGGCUUGGAGGCUGGUAUAAAGACAACUCGUGCGCCUGUGGAACAGUUGAUGUCGCCAACAGGCCUGCCACCACUAACUGAUUACAGUUUUUACGAUCCGUGCGAGAUGACCGAUCGUGAGGAAACUCUUUGUCGACGCAUCGUCGGCCUAAUCAAUAGUCAUAUACCGAGUAGGCCUCCUCCGGUGCCGACCGGAGCCCAGUCGGCAGAUGGAGCAGCCACGCCCACGGCUGAAGAGGGGGGCAUCUCGCCUUCAGCCUCAAGCCACUCGCUGUGCGGCCUGCUGUCGCCCACAUCGGAGGCUAACGCCCCCACCGGUCCGCCGCCCGGCGGCCUUCGGCCUGUGCCCACCAGUGAUGGUGGCAUAGGUGGCAGUUGCCUAUUAACCGGCCUAGGCGGACUGGCCGGAUUGGGCCAGCAAGCGUUGCGGCCGUUCGUGGCCGAGGUGGAAGAAAUUCGGGUAAGUCCAGUCGUCAGCCGAAAGGGCACACUUAGCCUAUUAGAGGACAAAGCCCAGUCGUGGGUUAAACGCUACGUCACUAUUCGACGACCAUACAUGUUUGUCUACAAGGACCAGAAUGACCCCAUAGAACGUGAGAUCAUUAAUCUCUCAACGUCGGAGGUGAGCUAUAACGAAGAACAACAGGCGAUGCUCCAAGUGCCUCCACAUUCGACCUUCUCGGUCGUCACCGCAACAGGCGGCUAUUUGCUGCAAACAGAGGGCGGUGACGAAAAGGAGAUCCAUGAUUGGUUGUACGCCAUUAACCCGCUGCUCGCUGGCCAGAUAAGUAGGCACAACCUGCCGCAGGAUGGUCCUGAUCCCCAUGACCUUGACGCCUCGCCGGCCGUUAGCUGUAGGCCCCACCACCCCGUCAUGUCUCGCUGGCGCACGACAACCCCGACUUCUUUUUAUGUUGGUUGCUUACAGUUGAAUACGUCCUAUUACUUGAGUUGAUCGCUGAAAUGCUCCGCAUCAGUACCUUUAGCGUUCGUCUGCUCGUCUAACCUAUUGCUAGGAGAACAUAUAGCCAGCACUAUAUUGCACAUUUUUGUGUUGUCUCUGUGAAAGGACCUAGGUCAAAACGAUCCCGCUCGUGAGCAGGCAACUGUGAUAGUACCUCUUUGCUAAGAAUUGGCAUCAACGGUUUGCUAUCGGCGUGCCAAUGCACCGUAUGGACUACUGCUCGCGGGCCACAGCAAAAAACAGUCGUCGUUGCACUCGCACCUAACGAAAAGAUCUCCGUUUUACCUAGCGGAGACCACUGCACGGGUUCCAAAAGAUACCAACAACAUGAACGUCGUCGCUCAGAGCCGCUGUCAGCGAUUUCACAGGAGAUUUUUUUGGGCGCAUCUGCUGGUGAUCUUUCUAGGCGAACGGAAAACUACCAGUGCGCAAUAAUGGUGGCAGUAUUACUAACGUAUAUCAUUAUAAUAGUCAUCAAGCGACAUAUAGCUAGAAGGGAAGUCGUGGCCGUCCUAAUUUUUUAUAGCUAAGGCCGAAAAUAGAGCAAGCUUUGGCAGGAAUGUUUCGAGCAUGCGUACAAAAAACAACUAAGGAGUCGACUACGGAAAAGAAGCAACGGAGGAAGAAGCAAAGAGAAAUGCUGUGCUUUUCGAUGGAUUCUUGCAGUACAUACAUCACUGGCUAUAGACGAGUUCGGUAAGUUCGUCUUGAGACAAUUAUCCACAAUAAUUACUAAGAUUCAAUUAUUCAGUGAUGAAUAAGCUGCAGGACCCUGCCGCCCUUAACCUUCACUCGAUUGCGAUAAUCUUCUCGACUCAGUUCACUAUCGACAAUCUUCGAGCGCGUACGAGCAAAUGUGAAAACACAACAUAUACAAUUGCAGUAACCUAUCUGUUGUUGCCACUAGAUAUGGGCCGGCUGUGACAGAAAUCGUAUUUGACCCACGCAGUCUCACAUGAACAGAGAAAUAAAAUGGCAAAAUGCACAAUGUUUUUCUUCCUUCAUACAAACAAAUUGCGAAUCAUCAGGUCAGCUACUGCUGCUGUUGUCGUCAUCGUCAUUAUAAGGCGAAUGCCGAAGCAGCAAUGGGAUAAUUCCAUUAUGAAAUGUUUUGUGUGUUUCACUGCUCGAUGGGGCGCAGCGUACGCUUCGUUUACGUGCAAAAACACAGCUGCUAAUGCCUCCCAGUAGUGAUAAAGCUCUAUGCGGAGAGAAGGCGUCGAAAAGGGAUUCGUCAAAAAUCUCGCGUGCGCUUCCACUAGUCGGACGGAAGGCGCGUUGGUACAGUGACGACAAUGCACGCUAGAGACAUGUAGGCAAAAACCGUAAAGCUGGUGUAGCCUAAACGACAUAUUGCAAAAUCAACGAGAAGCAAAACGGCUAGCUGGUCGUGUGGCCGAACGACGCAGGACGCUGGUCAGGAAGAACAGGAACCAACAAGAAAGAGUCGCGACCAACAAGAAAGCUACUUGACACACAGGCUUAGUUUUUUCUGUAAAUGUUAAAAUAUCGUGAGAGAUCGUGAGUGGAUACUGCACGUAGAUGUGCAACUAUUGUGUGUAACGAAACGGGAAAAGAGACCUCUAACUGGUAAAGACGGCUUGGGCACUGGUUGUUCACAUACAAAAAUCACAACACACGGUGACGUUGAUGUUGAUUUAGUAAAACGAUAAAUUCUAUAAUGAGUAUUUUUUUUCGGAUAACAAAAUACCGUAAUGCUGUUGACCGAGACACACUUACCGAUACUCACAGAUACAGAUAUUUUUUGUGAGCGGAAGCUAAUUAUGAAUUUUAGCUAGCUAUUCUGUGUUAUUAGAAACAGAUCUAGAAUCAGUGAUAGCAAACACUAGCUACAAACCAAUACGUGUCUGUUUUGAACCUCGAGUUGCCUUACUGAAGAGGACGGCGUCAAAAUAAGACAAACAAUUCAAGCAGUAACAAAGGUGUAAAAUGCUGCCGUAAGGUACGUCAGCACAAGUAAGAGGGACGAUUGCUCCUUGAAUUUGGCGGGCUGGCUGAUUUAGUUAGCUAUCAGCCAUAUUUGCCAAAAUCAUCUAAAACGAAUGCGUUGUAACAUCGCUCGAGUAAUUUUGAGGACAGAAAACGGAAAGAGGUAUAUCUUGUAGACUUAGGAGAAUUUGUCCGCAGCGUAUGAGAAACAAGGACCGAUUUCAUCAAUACGACUAUAGUAACAGUGCACAUUUGACGAGGUAGUGAUCGCGUCGUGCAUCGGUGGAAGGGAAGUUCGCUGUGGAUUUCUUUCGUUCGGUCCUUCGUCUGGGUAUAGAAUAAGGGCACGUAUGCGGCGAAGCAGCAAACACAUCAGGACAAUACAAGCAACCAGGACAUUUCAGAAACGUCCCACCAAACGUUUUGCCAUGGUGUAACUAUAUGCAAUUAUAUACGUGUAUUAUACAUGGGAGAUAGACGAGGACCGAUGUGUGUAUGGUAAAUAAAAACACCCAAGCGACCGUAGGAUACACAACGACGACAGUAACUGUAUCGCAGAGAAGUAAUGAAAUUCUUAUUAGAAACAAAUUCAUGACAUAUUCACAUAGCAAGUACGAGUAGUUUAGUUUCCAUGAAAUGGCAAAAGCGUCAGCAUAGGGGCCCUGACACUCUAAUGAAUAUUGACGAUUAUAGUCCUCUUUUUUCUGAAAUUUUGCAGACGGUACUUGUCCAUUUUCUACUACUAAAACUAAGCAGAAAUCUCAGGAAAUAUAAGAAUAGCGACGUCUUCAAUUUGUUUGUUAGAACAAUGUUUCAUUCUCGUAUAUUGACCUUGAAGCUUAAUUAAUCAAUUAUCGUAUCAAUUAUCUAUAAUUAAAACAAAAUAGACUGUACAGCACUGCACAGACCACUAGCUCAACGACAAUAAUAUCAAGUCAGCUACAAAAUGAAAUAAUUAAUGACGCAUGUAUGAAGGGGAUGAAAUAAGCUAUGGACUAAUAUAUAUAAAUAAAUAAUUAUAAUAAUUUAUUAUUAUAAUGAUCUUUUGGACCGUCGUCAUAAUAUGAAUAUAUUAUAUACUGGUUAUGCUGAAUAAACCUAGCUUGAUUACUAUCAAAUGUGGUAAGUGCAAAACCCAGUCGACAUGGUAAACGAGAUCAGAUGCAGUACCGAUGUCGCAGAUGUAGAAACGAAAAAUAAUAGUUGCAAAACUUGUAAUCGGCUUGUUUGUUUCAUAACAUUUGGCAUUUACUUUCAACGGUGUACUAAAGUCAAUUUUCAGCAAACGGUGCCCUAAUCCUGGUCAAAUAGGACCGGUCGCCGGCUCUAUGAAGGUAUAAAUGCAAUGUUGGAGAUAGAACUAGAUGGCAAUCGGGGCACUGCGACGCAGCCGAUCAUGAGUGAUCCUAUACCUUUGAAAGGAAACAUUCUAAUCAGCCAAAAUAAGCCCUGCGUCCGUUUAACAAAGUACCAGCUCGAUAUAUAUAUAUAUAUAUAUAUAUAUAUACGUUAAAAUAGCUAAAGGGAAGAAUAUGCAACGUAUUCACCAAAGGAAUGGACACGGUAAACCUCGACGCAGUCUCUCAAAGCUAUUAACACAGGAUAGAAUUUUUGGAAAGUGUGAAGUAGAUGGUGCACUUCAUGGAGGACGUUAGUGAUCAUUUUAUUGGUCACACGCAGGGAAGAUCUACUUGCAAGGCUUACUGCAAUUAGUUACUGUUGCUAUCAUACGUUGACUAACAAUGAAAUCGAUUGUUUCUGGCUAAAAUAAUUAGCAAGCAGACAGACAGACAGACAGAAAUAGGUUAGGCUUAGACUACGUAUCCUGAUUCCUAGGUCACCGAAGGAAAGGCCAGCUCCUUACCAUCUAGUAGCUUCUGGUUGUCUACAGUGUAUCAGUUAUCGAUGACAUUUAAAUCUGUGUUGGUUUCGAAGGCCGUACGCCGAAUUUGUUUAAGCCAACGUUAGAAAUGGGCUCUGCGGACACUAAUAGCCAAAAAAUUCAUCUCUGUCAAUUGAAACUAUCGACAAUAGUUGCGUAUGGAAACAACAUCUACAAGUGAGGCCACUUUGGGUUUUAGGGCUGCUUUGGUUGCAUAUAGCUACUCCACCAAUGCUUCAAAGACUAAGAACUAAUUUCAAACGAGGACUUAGACCGGCCAAUAAAUUUAGUCCAGCUCAAACAGAAGAUUAAUCAAAUAAUGUGUGUCUGGUGUCUUGAGAGAACAAGAAGCAAUCUUCUCUCACUUUAUGUAGUAUUAUCUGUUGUUAGUGAUUACUACCCUAAAUAUUAUCAGUAUUUUAUUGAUACCAGUUUAAGGCAAGAUCCAGCCACGCCGACUACAUUAGAACUACUACGACGAGGCCCUAUAUUUCUGUGUGUAUUUGAGGUGCGAUAUGUACAUUAAGAACGACUUUAUGCAUCACUUCCAACAUGACUAGCUUUAAAAAAAGAGAAUGAUGAUUUGUCUUCUUUUGUUGACGCUCGAUUCAAGCUUUAUGUGAUGUAAAAGGCCAAACGAGAAUAUCUAGUUUUAGUCACGACGGAUGGAAGUAUACAAACAAUGGAGUGAGUAAAUAUAGCGGUGAAAAUAGUUCCAGUAAAACAAGAGUCGGAUUGGCGCUUACAGACCAAGUUGUCACCCAAACAACUGUAUCUGCAGUUCGACACACACACACACACACACAUAAAAACUCAGAGAUAUAUAGAAGCAUACUAUGGUACACGUUAUUGAAUUUUGCACGAACGAAUGGCGCGCGCGAAAUCGACUGACCAAUAGUUCGCUAACAAUGGGAGUAAGUGACAACAGGAUUAUACUCAAUCAUCUAUUUAUUACAGUAUAAUAUUCAAUGAACAUUGUAACAAACAAAUAGAGUGAGGUUCGCGUUACUCGCACGCGUAUGACGGGAUUUAGGACAUCCAAGGAGAAAUAUGAGACAAAUCCGUCGUCCAAAGAACAGUAACAAAAAAGCCAAUUUGUACAGAACACCCUGUAACUAAUCAUAAUAUAAACGUAGCUUGACAACGAAUAAAUAUCAACCAACAUGACCAGAUGAUUUAAUAAAUUGAAUGACGAGGAGGACCGAUGGGGAGAAUACAAUGAAGGAAUGCAUAUAUAUAUAUAUAUAUAUAUACACAUAUAUAUAUAUAUAUGGGGAAGACGUACAUUAAAUAAUGCAUUAUACACGACGGAAUACGCAAAAAAGUUGCAGAAAUCGACCGGUCGAAGGAGUGUGCUAAAGCAACUAUCUAGCAAAUAAAGCACGAUUUAUUACCAUACGUCGUAUCCGAUGAUACUGUGACACACACUGAUGAAAGGGGUAAUGUGAAAGAUAAAAUUCAGUAUCGACGGGAUUUAUUGUAUAGAGCGCCUUCUCGAAGAGGGUCAGCCGCGUAGCAGAAAUGAGUGUGUGAGAGAGAUAGAGAUAGAGAGAGAGAGAGAGAGAGAGAGAGAGAGAGAGAGAGA